CUUCUAGUGGUGUCACUAUCUGGUCAUGUUGGCCAUUAGAUUUCGUGAGUAUUGAUAUUCCAAUUGUAGUGACAUUAACUCUUAUGACUAUACUCGGUUAUGGAAAUAGUAUGGAUGUCUCUCUUCUUCAACAUAACCCUGCGUUAGUCAUUCUGGCUACCUUUUAUUUAGUAUGGAGGAUUAUUUCAGGUUUCUGGUAUUUGAGCAUUAGUUUAUCGGUUAGAGCUAGAGAAAACAAUACUUAUAAUCAGUUAACUGAAGAAAUUAGUUCACAAUCUUUUCUUGAUUCAUUCAAAAAAA